CAUCGAAUAUAUAAUUAAAAAUUCAUUGAAGAAUGGAAAAUCCCAGAUCAUCCGUUACUUAAAAAAUUUCCAUUAUUUUGUGCGACCGACACUAUUUCAUGUAAUGCUUGCUUUAUUCGAUGAGGUUACAUUUCACUGGGUAAAUUAUCAGUUACUGUUUACAGUAAUUGUUAUCUUGUUUUUUCAUUGUCCCUAAUCGAAUUCAAAACAAAAAACAUAGCUCCUUUAUUCUAUUUUUUAUUAUAAAAGGUCAUUCAGAUUCAAAACCUCUCUCCAUUAACAAUCGAUUUGUUUUCUCAGGCUUCUAAAUGUCGGAGAUACAUCUUUCUACAGGGUCGCAAGAACCUCCUAGAGUUGAGGGAUUGCUGAGAGUGUACUCCAACAAAUUUUGCCCGUUUGCUCAAAGAGUUUUGCUGGUGCUGAAAGCUAAGGAAAUACCUCAUGAUAUUGUGAAUAUAAACAUAUUCAACAAGCCUGAAUGGUACUUCAAUAUACAUUUGGAAGGAAAAGUUCCCGCUCUCCUGGAUGGAUCGAAAAUAAUAAUCGAAAGCCUGGACAUCUGCGAGUACAUCGAAGAAACGUACCCAGAACGCCCUCUGUACCCCUCCGAUCCCGAAACGAAGAACAAAGACAAGGAUUUGAUUCAGAAAAUCGGGCCAGCUUCUUCGCUGUAUUUGAAAUGUUGCUUCACGAAAGACGAAAAGACAUCGGCAGAGGAGUGGGUGAAGUUAUUUGUAGACGCUCUCAAAGAUUUUGAAGAUGAACUUGGAAAGAGGGGUACCAAGUUUUUUGGAGGAGAAACACCCGGAAUGUUGGACUUCAUGUUGUGGCCUUGGGCUGAACGUUCUGGCUGUGUUUCCUUAAAACUUGGUAAAACACUGCCGCUUGGCGAGGACGAUUUGCCUAGGCUUAGAAUGUGGAAAACGGAAAUGAAAAAAUACCCGGUUUGUGCUGAGCUUUUCAUCAGUUCAGAAAGAUUUUGGAAAGUAGCACAGUGCAAGCUGUUAGGUCGUGAACCACCAUUUGAUGAAGCCUAAAAAUAAACGUUGUUAGUAUAGAUAAUUGGACUAUCUUUUAUUUCAUGUAGCUUUUUUCAUCUACAAACAUUGUACAAGUUACAAAACGUAUUUUUUCCAAAUCAGACUGAUUAUAUUUGUCUUUUUUCGAGGAA